AACGGUCGAAUUUCAUUAGAGAGAGAGUGAUGAGGAAGAGAAAGGGUGCAAGAUCUGAGGCCUCAAAAACCAUUCUCGAUUCAGCAUCUGCAUAUGCAUCUUGCGUAGAAGAUGAAGCUUUGCAAAACGAAAGCAAAGGUGGUGAAGGAGAUGCGUUCUUUGCUUGCUACCUCUUGGCCUCUCUCAACCCACGUUUCAAAGGCCACACUUACAUCGGAUUUACAGUGAAUCCGCGUCGGCGAAUCCGGCAACACAAUGGGGAAAUUGGGUGCGGUGCUUGGAGAACGAAGAAGAGGCGACCUUGGGAGAUGGUUUUGUGUAUCUAUGGAUUUCCAACAAAUGUCUCUGCCCUUCAGUUUGAAUGGGCUUGGCAGCACCCUGUCGAAUCGUUGGCUGUAAGGAAAGCAGCUGCUAGUUUUAAAUCCCUCUCAGGAAUUGCCAAUAAGAUUAAACUUGCAUACACAAUGCUCACCCUUCCAUCUUGGCAGAGCAUGAAUAUCACUGUAAACUUCUUCUCCACUAAGUACACGAAACAUUGUGCUGGUUGCCCAAGCUUGCCUGAUCAUAUGAAGAUUGAGAUUGGCUCAAUGGAUGAACUUCCAUGUUAUACUGAAAGAGUUGAUGGUUUGUCAGAAAAUGAAGAUGAUAGCAUUGAUGAACUAGAAUUUGAUAAUAACACAAGUACUAGAAGUUCUGUUCCUGAUGCAAGUGAUGAAUUUGUCACUCCUAAUUCACCUAAAAAUCCAAAUUAUGGAGACAAGAUUAGUGAAGCAUUUGAAUGGAACAAAGAAUAUGAAGCAAGAGAACUACCAGCUCAUUCAUUCAAUUCACAAGAUCAGAGCCAACCAUCUUGUUCUAUCACACCACUGAUGGUGAAAUCAUCAUCAACAACUUCAUUAAAAAGAGUAGAGAUUAUUGAAGAUGCUAAUUUCAUGAGUGUGACGCACAAGAGUAGUGCUGAUUUUAGUAAACCAGAAUCUGAACAAUCAAGUGCUACAUUUGUUCUGCCCCAUGAUGCUGAGAUUAUUGAUUUGUCUACCCCUUCUCCUAGCUGCAGAAGCAUUUUGGAUAGGAAGAAGAGAAGAGUUUCCUCCUCUGCUGGUGCUGAUUUUAUUGACUUAACUAAGUCCCCCAACUUUGUCCAAUUGUAAGGCUUUGAACAUAUAACAGACCAAUGUGGUGAGAAAACAAUAGUUGUUAAAUAAUGUGGCCUAUCACAUCCCAUUAUCAUUCUCUGAUAUGGAUCACACAAAGUAGUUAUUGACCACAGGUCACCAUUGAAUUUGUAAGAAUGGAGAAAUCUGAACAAUUUUGUGUAAUCUUGUUUCUUUAAAUCAAUUAAUUAAUCACAAUGUUCAAU